UUUAAAGAAGAAACAUUACAGAACCGUCAAAGGCUCUCUUAGGUCAAAGGCACAAGGCAUGUUAAAGGGAAAGGGACAGUAAAUAAAAAAAUAUAUCAUGAAUUCAUUUUUAAAAACAAUUAAAACUACAGGAAGUAAUUGUAGAUCUCUGCCAUUCACCGAUAUAUUUAGUGCAAAUUAUUCGGUAGGCGAAAAUGUCAGUGCUCGAAUGCAAGAAUUUAGAAAAAAACUUAGGGAAAAAACACCAAUAGGCAAACUAGAUGAACAACUAGCUAAACAUCCACACGAAGAGAAAGAACCUUUAGAACCAUGGCCAAACAAUACAAAUCCACACACUGGAGAAAUUGGAGGGCCAAAAGGGCCAGAACCUACGAGAUAUGGUGAUUGGGAAAGGAAGGGCAGAGUGACAGAUUUCUAAACCCGAUAAUUAUUUAAAUAGUUUUUUAGAAUUGUAUAUUGUUUAUUAAAUUGUUUUCCCAAAUUAA